AGAAGGAACAAUGUUGCUCUGUGCUGGUGGCGCGGUUCGCCACAGUAUCUAUUUCACGAACGAAUCUAAAUUAAACGCAUAGUUGCACACCUGAUGGCUAUCACAUCGUUGGGGCCCCCUUUUUCGAGAGGAUAUUCUUUCGAGCUUGGCAAAAAUAUCCCUACAGAGAGGCUCCUCUGGUACCUGCCCCUUCAUUGUUGCCUUUGCUCUUAUACCAGUGUAUUGUAUCUCGAGCAAAUCUCCCGCAGUCCAAUAACAACAAUGUAAUUGAUACUGGACGGGUCUAUCUUUUAAACGGGGAGAAUCGUAUCUGUGCGAAGCAUAAACUUCGCCAAAGGGCGCUACCGCAUUUUUGUUUUUCAAAAAGAAAGAGCCCGGAAAGGGGCGCGGGGACAACGAAGCCAGAUGUCCCGAACGCAGAGAGGCUUGCCUAAUCGAAAAGCCACAGGGGUCAUCUCUGUAAUCCGGUAAUACGUCUGUCCGUACCGAAUGUAAAUAUUGAAUAAGAGCUCCCUCUUCGAACACAAAUUCAGCUUAAAGGAGACUUUUUUCUCUUGUUUUUCUCGACCCUAAGUACGGCUAAUGUUUCAAUAUGUAUACGAUCUUUAUUAUAUGAUUCUAUCGAAGAUCCGAGCACGCGAUACACACUCGUAUUAUUAAGCUUUAGAAACAUGGGAGAUUUACGCAGCUCUAUAUAACGUUAAGCAGUCCAAUGUUUAUAGGGAUGUGGGAAAUAAGGCUUUCAAUUAUUCAAUAUGCAAUUAAUAUAGAGAAUUUGGAAUGACAUUGAGCAUCUUCAACAACUUUUAUUAAGAGACGCGGUAGCGGCUCGACGCCAAGUAUUAAAAGGAUAAUAUUUUCAAGCUCUGUUUAUUCAUGAAAUUUGUCUCUUUUAUUUUCGUACUAGCUUUUCGAAUCAUUUAUAAAUAUAUAUUUUUGGUAAAUAUUAUAGGGAAGUCAACCAAUCUCGAGUAAAGAUACACGGCCACUCUGUCCAUAAAAUUUUUCUUUUUAAUACUUGACGUCAAGACAAGUCAAGACGCUGCCGCGUCUCUAAAUAAAAGAGCCACUAUUGGUUGGCAUCAUUAGACAUGUCUAUAAACUGAUAGAAAAGGAAAAGACACUCUGUCACGAUUUCUCAGGAAAAUGGCUCUUCUAAAUAUUUACCAAAUUUUGUACAUAUAUCGAGCAUUUUAAAUGUUUAUUAUCGUUAUUUCACUGAAAUACUCGAGUUCUAUAAACUGUUUACAUUCGAUGCCAUGGAUAUGACACAGAAGAACAGAUAUUUUCGUUUUAUGGUUAUUGUAAUUUGAUAAUCGAAAUGAAUUUUUAUUUUUGUAUAAGUGUAACUCGUAAAUGGGAAACAGUUCUAAAUCAAGAUAGAAACAAACCGCACUCUUCGAAAAACCUUUCCACGCUCGAUUUCCUCAGCAUAAGAGAACGAGAAACCAAUUAUCGAGUAAUGGUCGGAAUCGACCGUUUUUCACACACCUGCUUUUCUUUGCCGUUAGAAAGAAACAAUGUAUACAAACGUGCGUGAACAUCAGUCGUGUCUCCGGCUGUAUCCAAUUUUAUUUCGUUAUAGAAAUUACUCUUUCCAUUGCUAAUGAAACUCAUCUCUAUAAAGCAGCACUACAUGCUUAUCAUAUUUUCGAUUAGGCUUCUAAGGAAUUUUUCGAAAAAUUUAAUUACCCACAAUGCCGUUGCAAAAAUGUCAAAAAGGUCAUUUUUUUUUCAUUUUCUCGCGAAUAAUCGAGUUUUUCAGGCAUAGUCAGUAAUUUUUGAUUGAGACGGAGAGAUGGGAAGCAAAAGGUAGAAAAAGAAAAGAUUCACUCAAAAAUAUUUAAAAAUAAAAUUGAUACGUCUGCUCAUGACCGAAAAAAUACUGCACAAUUUUUAUAAGCCUCAUAAUAUGACAAAAAAAUGUAUAACUUUAUUAUUAAUGUAUAAAUUGUAAAUUUCAUGCAAUAAAACGAGCAUACAAGUUUGAAUGAUGCACAGAUAUGCGUAGAUAUAUGCAAACAAAAAACUUCGAGAGUGUUCGUUUUGACUUUAUUGAGAAAGUGAACUUCGCGUCGUGUAGUUCCGUAAUGUCACGUGUCAUUAAAAUUUCUCAAUAUGAAAUUGGUAUAAAUGAAAACACUCAUCGGAAAAAUGGGAAAAGAUAACCGGGCUCGUGUGAAAUUGAUAUUUAAUACUUAUCAAUAUCAACAGUAAGAAAAAAUCGGUAGGAAACAGAUAUUAUAGGUUAGGUUCCCGCGCUGAAUCGCUGAAUGCACAAAAACAAACAAUACAAGUUUCUCCAGGAAAAUUUCAGAAUAAAGAUCUUGAAUAGGAAACACGUCCACGAAGGUGUGACCGACCUCUCACAUCUCCCCACUGGUCCCGCGCUGUCCAAUCAUUUGGUAUACUUUCUCUUAACUGUAAAAGUGGGAGAUGGAAGUCGUCAAACAACGUGCAGUAUAGCGAGAGACUCUCCAAUACAAUCAUUUUGUCUAGACUCCAGUACUUUUCCUCUCCCGGCAAUUAAUACGACUAAUCGUAUAAUAUGUAUACAUGCAUAAAUUGCGGUGUAGAAGUUGAGGAGCUCUACAGACGUUACAGUCCCAGUGUUCUCAAAGUUUUGAAAUGUACGAAAUGCGGAAGUUUGGCGGACAAGUACAUAGAGUACGAUCCGGUGAUAGUACUGGUGGAUCUGGUUCUGCUGGAGAAGCCGGCGUACAGACACCUUUUGUACAACAGCGGUUUUCAGGCGUAUUGGAAACUCAUGGUGGUAUUAUUGCUGAGUGAAUCAUUCAGAGUAUGGUCGACUUACGACCGAGAAAAUGAGGGUGGAAGUGUGGCGCAUUUGGAUCGUUUGAAGAACGACAUAUUCGACGGCGAGCGAAGUUUUUACAUAUUAUUGGCGCAAACGGGACUCUCUCUGGGUGCAUUUGUGUGUGCGGUGACAAUUGGGACGGAAAUAAGAUGGAUGAUUUUGAAUCGUCGUCCUCACAAGUACAAAGCUUCCGAUCUCGUGCGGGCCUUGACGGUUGGCGGUUGUGCCAAAUUAUUGGGGCUACUGGGCCUGGUAUGGGAGCACGUGGCCCACGACCCUCACUACGCUCUGAUACACGGCUAUACGAUGCUCUGUCUCCUCACCGCUUACUCGGUCGUAUGCGAGAGCGGAAGGGGCGGAUCCCUGAUUGGACUUGCCGGAGGAUUUUUGGCUCACGAUUACGUUUCUAACAGCGUGUCUUGGUUGCUACAAGCUACGCCUAAUAUCACACUUAUACAGAACGGAACAUAGCGAUAACAACGAUUCAUUAUUGUUUAUAAUUACUAUAAUAAUAAAACGAGUAUUGUUAAUUAA